CUAACUUUAUUUCAGAGGAAAAGAACAUAAGAGGCGUUAUGUCUGAUUGGAGUCUUUCAGACCCAUUACCAUCAAAUGAGAAAGAGGUGGCUAACGAAGGCAACGAAAAUCUAGUGGACGAUCAUUUGAAUAUCCACCAAGAUUCAGAUAUAGAAGGGUAUACACCCCCGGGUACACCCCCAAAAAGAGAUAUGGAGGGAAAGUCUCAACCUACUGACUCACAAAUAUAGUGGAGAAUGGAUAAUCUGGAGAAUGCUCUCGAGAGACACUCCGAUAUACUCGACAAUCAUGCUGAAAUAAUCAGAGAUCAAACAGUAGCCAUACUCGAUAUGAAGGAAAAUAUUGACAACCUAAACACCGUCAUACAGAAACUCACAGAACAAAUAGGAAAAUUAACUUCAGAGCUGGAAUCAGACAGACGCAAAUCAGACGGUCAGCCUUCAGACGACAGGCAAAAAAUUGCAGUUAAACAGGCGAUAAUCACAGACAAGUGUUAUCGCUGCAAUAAGGUGGGACACAGAGCAGCCUUUUGUCCUCUUAAAGAGUACAAUCUAUGGUACUGCUUUUAUUGCCAGGCUGUAGCUCCACACAAAGGGGAUGAUUGUCCAAAUAAGGACAAUCCCAAAGAUGGGUAUGUAAAAUCUUAUACAUAUAACAACACAAACACACAACAUAAACACAACAGUAAUAACUUCAGAGGUAGAGGUAACAGAGGAAGGGGUGGUUAUAAUAAUGUCAGAGGUAGAGGAAAUAAUGUAAGAAGGGGAUCUUUCAAACGCAAGGUCGAUAUACAAACACCAGGCCGAAAUCAGAAGAAGGGAUACAAGGUCAAAGCGAUGCUAACAGGUAACAACACACAUAUAAUUAAUAAAACACCUACAAAACUAGUACUUAUUGCGGACUCUGGCGCAACAGAGCAUAUCGUAAAUAAGAGCAUAAUUUUAAACAAUCUGAUCUCUCUCAGACGUUUUGCAGACGUAGGUUUGAGUAUUUAUUUGGAUAAUAAAAUACUUAAAAUCUACGAUAAAAAUUCAGACGAAGAGUAUUUAGCUGGGACGUAUGAAAAGCCAAACUGGAUAAUUUCUUUAAACGUAGCAAAACAUGAACAAUCAGAUGAGCAACAAGAAGUCUACGAUAAGUAUUCAUGCACGGCUAACAUAGUCUCGGUAGACGAGUUCUUGCAGCAAUCUCAGUCAGAUAUCAAGGAUCUUGAGGAUUAA